AUGUAAUUGAGGAUUAAGAUAAUGUUGAUGAUAGUGUUUUUAUCACUUUACUAUUUUUUAUUUAGUCUAGUUUUGUUAUUAGGAUAAUAUUUUGAUGAAGAAUAUAAAAUAGAGAGUGAAAAACUAUCUCAAGGGAUUUAUAAUGAAACUUCUUUGGUAAAAAGUCAAUAAUUUUAGAUUAGAGUAAAAUAAGAUUUGCUAGAUAUUAUUAUGGAAGAUCCAAUAGACCGAAUAUAAAUUCAUUUUAUGCUAUUUCAAAUAUAAUAAAUUACAUAGGAGAUUAUUAAUAAUUAGAUGAUGAAAGUUUAAGUGAAAUAGAUUGGCAUUUUAAAAAUAUUACAAGUUUGAAAAGUUUACAAAGUGAUUAUCCAGAUUAAUAUAAACUAUUAAAAUAUUACUCUCCUUUAUCAAAAUUGAUUGAAAUAUAUGCAGAAAAUGGUGUAUUUGAUCAUUUUCAUUUUUUAUGUCAAAAUGGUAUAGGAUUUUCAUUUUAGGGUAUUAAUGUUGAUACUUUAGAGAAUUGGUAUGAAGAUUCAGUAUCUAAUUGUAAAGCAUAUAAUGAUUGUUUGGAUUAGAUAAACAAAUUAUCAUCAAAAAUAGCUUAUCCAAAAUUAGAUUUGAAAUAUGAAGUUUGGAGAAUGAGAGCAGGAAAGGAAGAUUAUGAAUGUGAAUUAUAUGUUGAGAAGAAUAGAGAACUUGCUAUAUUAAAUACAAGUAGUCCAAUAAUAUAUUCAUUUCUUACAAAUGGAAAUAUUAAUAUAAUUUUAAAUGGAUAACUUGUAAAUAGUACUCUUGAGGAUGCCUUUUAACUUUGGCCUAAUCAAACAAACGAUUUUAUAAAUGAAAUAUAUACAUUAGUUACAGUUCCUAUAGAAUCUAGAUAAUGGAGAAUUCUAUAUGAUGGAAUGGGUGAGGAACGUAUUGUGUUUUUUUCAUCAUACUAUUUUGUUCAUCCUAAUUAUCCUAAUAUUAAUUUAACAAAAGAAUUAAUUACUAAUUGUUCCAUGAUUUAUCUAUAAUCAAUGUCAUUAUCAUAUUAUUUAUAAUUGGCAGGUCAAAAUUUAGAAGCUACUCAAGUAUUAAUUAAUGAAAUCAUUAUUGCUUGUGCUUUACAUGUAGUUCUUAUAUUUUAUCUUUGGAGAAAAGGUGUUGUUAUUGCACUUUCACUUGAAGCUCCUAUUAAUGAAUUAAUUAAUCUUUUAAGAGUAGAUAUGAAAUAUCUUGAAGCCUAAGAUUUUAAUUUAGAUGGUUAUAAAGAUUUCUUUAACAAUAAAGAAAUCACUAAGUCUUAUGAAGUCAUUAUCAAUUAUUUAAAUAGUAUUAAAUAUUAAAAUAAUAAACUAUUAUAAGGAUCUAAAGAUAUGGAUGAAGCUGAAGCUUUAAUUAUUUUAAGUAUGUCUAAAAGAUUCUAUAAAAAAUAAAAUAAUAAUGCUGCUGUUGGAAUCUGUGCAAAUAAUAUUGCUAAAAUUCAUAUGAGAAAUCAAAGAUAUCUUGAAGCUAUGAAUGAAUAAGAAGAAUCUGUUCUCAUAGCAAAUUAAGAUUUACAAAGUCUUAAAGAAAUGGAAUAAUAUGCAAAUUAAGCAGCUCAACUCUAAGAUGAUUAAUAAAUUGUUAAAUUGUAUCUUAGAUUAAAAAAUAAUGUUUUGUAAAAAUUCUAAAGAUAGGAAGAAAAAUAAAUGAAAGAUGUUAUUAAAAAUUUAGAAAGUAAGACAAAAGUGAUAUAAAAUUCUCAAAAUGGCCUUGUUCGAAGGUAAACUACUUAAAGAAUAAAAUAUCAAAAUGAAACUUCUUAAUUAAAAAGUUCAAUAGAAUCAGAAGUACAUUUAUAAAGGCAAUCAACACCUAGAUAAACAACUAAUUGGUUAAGAAAUCCAUAAUAAGAAGAAAAGAAUCCAAUAAGAGAAGAAAAUUCUGAUUUAUAAAGUGAGAGAAUAGAUAAUUUAGGAAGUCCAAAAAAAUCUAGUCCUAUUGUAAAAGUUUAAAAUAAUAAUGAGGGAAAUUCAAAAUAAUAAAUAAUUAUUGAACAUAAAAUUAUUUUUCGAAAAUAUUAAUUAGCAUGUAUACUAUAUAAUUAUAGUAUGACAAAGUCAUAAUCAACUUUUUUAAAUGAAAGUGUUAAAUAAUUUAAUGAUAUUAUGGAUGAACUAUAAACUCUACCUGAUUCAUUUUCUAUUUAAUAUAUGAAAAUAAAUAUUAUAACAAAAAAAGCAUUUUGUUUUGCUAGAGCUGGAAUGCUUGAAAAAGCCAAAUUAGAAUUAGAAGAAGCAGAAACAAAAUUUAGAAUUUUAUAAGCAAAUAAAAAUGAAAUAAAAUAACUUGAUAUUUCUGAAUUUGUAGAUAUUUUUCGUGAAAUUCCUUUAGAGAUUGUGAGAGAAAAAUUAACAGGAUUAGAAGUAAUAAUAUUUAUUAUAUAUAUAGGCAUCAUUAUUAAUGAUAAAUGGGGAAUAUGUUGAAGCUUGUUAUAAAUUUAUAUCUAUUUUAAAAGCAGAAGGACAUUAUGAUCCUGGAUUUUAAAAAUUUGUUUUAAAGACAUUAACAAAAAUAUUUAAAAGAUGCAAUGUAGAUCAUAAUUGUUUGAUAAAAUUUUCACAAUAAAAUUAAUUAAAAAGACUUGAAUUGAUAUUUCUACUUGAUUAUUCAUCUGAAAUGACUAAUGAAUAAUUUACAUUAUCUCAUCAUAUGUGUCAUAAUGUUGUAUAAUCAUUAAAUGAUGACUCAUUUGUAGGAUUAUAUGCUUUUAAUGAAUCAUUACAUGAGAUAUUUCCUUUAUAAUUAAAAGGAACUUAUAAAAAGCUAUUAGAAUCAACAAUAGAAAAAGUAUUGAUUAAACCUGGAGGUUAAGGAAACAUCUUUCAAGCCUUAGAAAUUACAAUUGCAUCACUUUUUGAGAAAGAUAAACCAGAAUAAAGUAAACAAUUAUCUUUACAUUUAAAAUCUAAUUAAAUUAAAUAGCAAAUAGAAUAAGAAGAGUUUAGAUGCUCUGAUUUAGAAUUUAGAUGUAAAACUAGUUCUCCAAGAGUAGGAAAAACCUUUUCUGGUGGAUUCAGUUAAGCUCUAAAAUAAUAUGAAGAACAAUAAUUUGAUAAUGUCAGUAUUGAUUAAAAUAUGGUAUGACUUUAAAAUAUUCCAUAAUAGGAUUAAUAUAAAAUUGAUAUUGAUAAUAUUCAUGAAGAAAUUGAUGAACAUACUAUUAGAUAUGUUUGUAUCUUUAGUGAAGGAGUACAUAAUUAUAAUCAAAUGUCUAUAGAUAGAUUAAAAAGCUUAAUAGAAAAGAAGAAUGUUCAUUUAUUAGUUUUUAAUAUUGCAAACUAAAAUAUGAAUAUGCUUUAUCUCAAAUAAUUAUCUUAAGUCUCAUCAGAAAGUAAAUUCUUUACUAACGAAACAGAAAUUAAAGAUUUUUUUUCAAAACUUAGAACUAAUGAUUUUACAAAAAGAGUCUAUUUAGAAUUCUUCUGA